GCCAUGGCAGAGAACGACAAAGUUCCUAUCACCCUGGCGGGGCCUGACGACGUGGAGUUCGGCAGUCCCCCGGCGUACGCCACGGUGACCGUGCAGCCCUCCAGCCCCGCGCGGCUGCUCAAGGUGGGAGCCGUGGUGCUCAUUUCGGGGGCGGUGCUGCUGCUCUUCGGAGCCAUCGGGGCCUUCUACUUCUGGAAGGGAAGCGACAACCACAUUUACAAUGUCCAUUACACCAUGAGUAUCAAUGGGAAACUACAAGAUGGCUCAAUGGAAAUAGAUGCCAGAAACAACCUGGAGACCUUUAAAAUGGGAAGCGGAACUGAAGAAGCAAUUGAAGUUAAUGAUUUCCAGAAUGGCGUCACAGGAAUCCGCUUUGCUGGAGGAGAAAAGUGCUACAUCAAAGCGCAGGUGAAGGCUCGUGUUCCUGAGGUGGGCACCGUGACCAAGCAAAGCAUCGCUUCAGAACUGGAAGGCAAGAUCAUGCCAGUUAAAUAUGAAGAAAACUCUCUUAUCUGGGUGGCUGUCGACCAGCCAGUGAAGGACAACAGCUUCCUGAGUUCUAAAGUCCUGGAACUCUGUGGCAAUCUGCCUAUUUUCUGGCUUAAACCAAUGUAUCCAAAAGCAAUCUUUGUAGAGACCCAGAGAGAAAGAAGAGAAGUGGUAAGAAACAUCGUUCCUACUACCACAAGAAGACCACGCAACAGGCCACGGGGCAGCCCAGGCCCUGGAAGACUGAAUAAUGAAAGCAGACCUAGUGUUCAAGAGGACGCAGAGCCUUUCAAUCCAGAUAAUCCUUACCACCAGCAAGAAGGGGAAAGCAUGACAUUUGACCCAAGACUGGAUCAUGAAGGUAUCUGCUGCAUAGAAUGUAGGCGGAGCUACACCCACUGCCAGAAGAUCUGUGAACCCCUGGGGGGAUACUAUCCAUGGCCUUAUAAUUAUCAAGGUUGCCGUUCUGCCUGCAGAGUUAUCAUGCCUUGUAGCUGGUGGGUUGCCCGCAUCUUAGGCAUGGUGUAAAAUCAUUUCAUUUAUGAGGUUCUGUCAAGUAAGAAUUAACAAGAGUGUCAACCAAAGAAGCAUAAAGCAUGUUGAUGCUAAGGGACCACAAAGUAUUUUACACCCAACGUGAGCAAUGUUAUCCGAUACAUUUAACAGAUUUUCUGUUGCUUUCCAGAACUGUACCUAAGUACAAUGUACUGAAAGCAAUGUACUGAAAGGGUAGUUUGGUCUACAAUGACAAUAAUCCCUUCAUUUUUUUUGCUUUGCCUUGACAAUAAAGUCUUCCAAGUUAUGAAAUAAAUGUGGAGAAUGAUUUACAACUUCAGGUGAUUGUCAUGUCCAAAAUCUUUCUAGUUAUUCUGUUAUUUAUACAGAAUUCCUGUUGUUCUUAACCUUGUUAUUCCGUUUUGCUCAUGCCGCUGCCAUAAAUAUUCCAACAAAAAAGAAAAUAGGAUGCAUGAUAGGAUCCACCAGAAAGUAGACUCUAACUUCGUGACAUUAUAAAAAAUUCCUCAACUAUACUUUGCAAUGGCAUGUAGUUAAAUGGCAGCCCUCCAUUAAGAGUACUGAGGCUGGGAAUGUGGCUUAGUGGUAGAGCACUUGCCUAGCUAGCAUGCACGAAGCCCUUGUUCAAUUCCUCAGU